CAUAUAGGAUACAAAAUUGUUUUGUUACCUAAUCGGUGUUGUUAAUUGUUUGUGUCAUGAAUUUUGUAAUUUUUGGAUUUUGUUAACAAAAGCGUACAUCUUAUAUUAAAUUAACAGCCUAGUAAUAAAACAACCGCAAUGAUACCGCGAUGUAUCGCGCGCCCUGCUAAACACGCGUUCCUAUUCAGCCGAAGUAAUUCAACAGCUUCGCUACCAGAGUUUUCUGAAGCCACACAAGAAAAUACCAAAGCUCUUGGCACAAAUCCACUGGAUCAUCCAGAUUAUUUCCAAGUGCAUAAACUAUUCACUGUUAAGGAUCUCUUUGAAGCCAGAGUGCAUUUUGGACACAAGGAAGGUUCUCUUAAUGAGUAUAUGAUACCGUACAUCUAUGGCUCCAGACAAGGGCAUUUAAUUUUUGAUUUAGACAUAACAGCUGAUCAUUUACGCAAAGCUCUUAACUUCAGUGCACAUAUUGCUUACAGAGGAGGAAUUAUUUGCUUCUUCAACAGAAAUGCUCUAAAUUCUCGCUUAGUGGAAAAAACAGCACAAGAAUGUGGUGAAUAUGCUCAUACAAGAUUUUGGCGGGGAGGUAUCUUCACGAAUGCUAACCACCAGUUUGGAGCUGUCACGAGAUUGCCAGAUCUUUGUAUAUUUUUAAACACGCAGAACAAUAUUCUUAGUCAACACACAGCUGUGCGGGAUAGUGCCAAAAUGUUAAUACCUACAAUUGGUAUUGUUGAUUCUAAUUGUAGCCCAAAUUUAAUUACUUAUCCAGUACCAGGAAACGAUGAUACUCCAGUAGCUAUCGAAUUAUAUUGCAAGCUUUUUAAAGCUGCCAUUUCGAGAGGAAAAGAAGCAAGGAUGAAGUUUUUGCAGGAGAAUAAUUAAAACAAAAAUCUUGCGAAUGAAUUGUUUUAAUGUAAUAAUUGCAACAUUUAGAUAGAAUAGGAUAAUAAUUUGUUUUAUAAACAAUAACAAUCGUAAACAUAAAAUUAAUGUCUAUA